AUGGAAGAAGAAUCCAAAAUGUACGGGGAUAUUGUUAUUUUGAAUAUCACAGAGAACAUGAAUCAAGGAAAGACGUUUGAAUAUUUCAAUUGGUUUGCUAAGCAUAGGGAGGAUAAUUAUUUGCUCAAAUUGGACGAUGACACCUUCCUCCACCUUAUUCACUAUUACCGUGACCUUCAAGACUUACCGAGAGAACGUGCGUACUAUGGCAAUGCUUUAGGGUAUGAACAUGAAACAUACGCGUAUAUGGGAGGUGCAGGAUACACACUCUCCCGCGACCUUGUUAUAGACAUUGUCAGAUCAAACUGGGUUAAUUCAAACGUCGAAGGCAAUGAGGACUGGCUAGUAGGUGAGUGGGUGUGCCACGUAGCUAGGGAGAUGAAAUAUUUUGUGCAUUAUGUCGGCUUUACAAGUUGGGUACCCAGCCGCCAAAAUCCCAUUCAUGACUUUGAUGAGAAUCUGGAUCUCCAUUUCCUUAGCGAGACCAUCAUGAUCCAUCAAGUAAAGAAUAUUGAAAAGUUGAAAGCCAUUAAGGAUGUGUAUUCUGAAUACGAAGAGGGAUUUCCAAUAGUCAGAGUCAUUCGGAAUUCAACGGUCGAAGGCCUGGCUACAAAGAGGGAGGUUAUUCCAAGAUGCUGGACCGCGCUUGAAAUAGAACAGAUCUGGGAUCAAUUGCAAAGUACCUACAAGAACUGUAGCAGUGUUCUUGGUGAUGCACCUGGUGGUGCUUUUGGUGGUGCUUUUGGUGCCGCUCUUGGUGUCGCUCUUGGUGCCACUCUUGGUGGUGCUCUUGGUGGUGCCCUUGGUGGUAUGUUUGGUGGUGUGUUCAGUGGUGAUGCCUAUAGUAGUGGUGCUCCUGGUAGUCUCAAUGGUGGUGUUUUCAAUACUGGUGUUCUUGGUAGUAUUAAGUUUUGA